UUACUCUCUCUCACCCUGUGCCUUGCACUAUUAUUAUCCUCCACUUGUUGGAAAAUUCUCCAUUAGAAGAAGCAUACGAUUCUCUCUUAUCACCAUCUUCUCCUUCAAUUCACCAAAAAAAAAACAUGGAAGCCUUAAUUCACCAUUUCACUCUUCUCUCCGAUCAAGCCCUUGUCGACAAAACCUUCGACCCUUCCACAAUCGAAGACCUCAUGCGUCUCUUCGAAGUUGAUUCCUACAAAGCUUGGGCUGCUCUCGAAGCCGAACAGCAACAAGAGCUCGAAUCUGCAGAAGAAUCUCUCCGUGAAGCCGAAUCCGAACUCGAUCGGGAUAUGGAGUGGGGAAUGGAGGAGUAUAGGCGGACGUUGGAGGAGAUGGAGAAGAUGGAGGCGGCGGAGCUGAGAGAGCUUGAGGAGAAGGCGGAGACUGCUCGGAGAACUGGGAAUUUGUUGGAGAAAGCUGCAACAAUCGCCGCGAAAAGGCAUAUAGCGGCGGCGAUGGGAUCAGCCGCCGCGUCGAUGAGAUCUGCUUGGAAGACUGCAUCUGGGAAUAAAGUUCAUCCAUCUUGAUCAAAGAUUCUAAAGAAGUCGAAGAUAAAAUUGUGUUUUUAUGUUUGGUGAUUAGGCGAUGAAUGUGAUAAAGAUGAGGAUAUGACAUGACGAUGAUAAUCAAAGCAUUGUCUAUGUUACUAGGACUAUUAAGCCACUGCUAUUAAGUGGUGAUGGUGUUAUAUCAUGGUGGAGUAUACCAUAAUACUAAAUUAAAUAAUGGUAUCAACUAAAUUUCUUU